AUGGGUAGCAAGGAUAGGAAUUUCUGGUUAACUGAUAUAGGUGGCCGGUUUAGAGACUUGCAUAUUCUUGGUUGUAAAGCUGGUACCAGUGGAGAUGCUUUUAUGGCUAUGGUAAAGACUAGGUUGGUGAAUGAACAAGGUAUGAAUUCUACACUUGAACUGUUUUUAUUUAAUGAUGAAGAAGGGAAUGCAUGUGAUAAGUGUGAAUCAGAAGAAAUGUUUAUUUCAUUUUGGAACAAAGGGAAAGUAAAUAAAGAUAAUUUGGUCAGACUGUGGUUCACUCCAAUUAUACCUACUCCUUCAGUGAGAGAAUGGGGUUAUGUUUAUGAUGCUUCCAGUGUUAGUGGGGUAAGUGGUGUGACUAAUUAUAUCAGCCCAGUGAGGAAGAAAACUGUUAGUAAAAGGGUAGAGGUUAGGAGGAGUCCAAGACUUAAUAAGACUGCUACUGGGUAUGAAGAUGACCAGGUGAAUUUGCCUAAUGUACAUCAAGAUGAGUGUCAUCCUGAUGACAAGCCUGACUUUCUCUUUAAGGACUAUGAUGAGGAAGAGGAUGGUGAAGAUGAAAGUGAGGAUGAGAGUGGAGAUGAUAGUGAAGAAGAAACACAAGAACAGAUGAAUUAUGAAGAUUGGGUUUCUAUGUGUGCUAGGGGUAUAGAUGUUGGUAAUGACCCUGAUGAUUGUAAUGAAGAUUUCAAUGUAGGUGGCUUUUAUGAAGAGCAGAGUGCACCAGUGAAUGCAUCUUCAGAUGAAGAUCUUCCCAGCCAAGAAGUCACUCAAGAGGAAGAAGCUAAGUGGGAAGAAGAUUUUGGUCAGCAUUUAAAUGAACCACAACGUCUAGAAAUGAUAAAUGAAGAUACUCCUGAGGUCACACCUGGUGAAAUAAGUACUGGUAUGGCUUUUGGAAGUAUGCAAGCUUAUAAGGAUCAUUUAAGAGAAUAUGCAGUGUUGAAACACAGGGAUUUUAAGGUGAAGAAAGGAGAUAAAAUCAGACACUAUUCUUACUGUGCUUACAGGGAUGCCCAAAAGUGUGCUUGGAUGGUGAAUGCAAGAAAGGUACCAGAGAAAGAUGAUAUGACAGUCACAGUCAGAGAAUGCAACAUAGAACACACUUGUAAAAAUCCCAAUGAAGACUACAGCAGAAAAUGCAAUGCAAAAUUUGUAGCUAAGUACUUGUUGAAGACGAUGGAUGUUGCUUCACCAGUGGAGAAGGCAGAUGAUAUAGCUAAGAAAAUCAUUAGACCUCAGUUGCAAACUGAAAUACCAAAAUGGGUUGCUCGUCAUGCAAGGAGAUUGGUGCUAGCAGAAAGGGAUGGAACAUUUGAGACUUGUUACAAAAAAACACCACAAUUGGUCAUAGCUGCUACCUCAUUGAACCCAAGGAGCAUAGGUCAUUUCAGCUGGUCCAGAGAUGAUAAAGAUAACAGAUUUGAGAGUCUCAUUUUGGCGUAUAAUGCACAGAUAAAAGGUUUUAUGAAUGGUUGUAGGAUGGUUAUUGGGUUAGAUGGAGCUCACCUAACUGGUAAGUUUGGUGGUGUGAUGCUUUCAGCAACAGGUAUAGAUGCUCAGAAUGGGGUAUUUCCUUUAUGUAUGAUGAUUUGUAUGGGUGAAACUGAAGAAAAUUGGUUUAUGAUGUUAAAAGAAAUGAGAAAAAGGAUACCAGAUAUGGCUGGACUGACCUUUAUUUCUGAUAGAAUGAAGGGAAUUCUUGAAUCAGUAAAAAGAUUGUAUCCUUUGUCAAAUCAUAGAUACUGCCUAAGGUACAUUUAGUUUUGACUGGUAAUUUUGUUUAAUAAUU